AUGGCCGACGCCUACGCGCGCGAAGAGCAAAACAACGCGCUCCUCACGUCGCUCAGCCAAAAGACCUCGGCCCUCAAACACAUCACGCUGGACAUCUACGACAACGCGCGCAACCAGGGGACGCUGGACUCGACGAACGAGGUCUUUAGCAGCAUGAGUUCCAAUAUCCGCGGGAGUGCGGGCCGGUUGACGCGCAUGGCGAGGCAAGGAGAUCGCGUCGCCGUACUGAAGGUCGCGGGCGUGGUGAUAGUGGCGGGAUUGCUUGUUUGGUGGGUCGGUGGUUGGAUCUUGGGACUGUUGUUAGGGCGGUAG